CACUGAUGCAGCGCACACACGGCCCUCGUUCGUGCAAACUCAUACACGCAACGUAUCCGACGUCUUUGAUAAUUCGCUCGCAAUCGUCUGUUAUAUGAAUCAAGUUUAUCGUUGUUUUUAAUAUCGGACAUCUAUUGUCUAGUGAUAACACAUAUUUUGUUGUGCUGUUUUUUUACACGAUUUUUUAUUUUUGGUGCAGUUUUCGUUUUUACCGCAACAGUGUUUCUUUCGCGCCCGGGCUUGUAACAAUAGAUUUGCACGAGGAUUAUUGCAACAAUGGUCAUUUACUUUUAGCGCUGGGAUAUUAGCACUACCAGUUAGUGUCGGGUUUAUCAAAGGAAUCGGCGCUUUGCCGUUCCUAUCGAGUAGGAUAAAAUCCGACUUUUAUCAUGAAUGAAAAAACUUUAAAAUAGAUCAGAACGCGCAACUGAUAGAAGUUAUAAUUAUCGCCGUACUCGAUGCUGACACCCAAAACGGACGGGCGGCAUCGCCUCAGAUUUCAUAACCGUCACAUGUACCAACGUGCCAUCGACGGAGGUUAUUGGAACGUUUGCCUACAGGUGUUGGGAAAAAGAUGAAACGCCGUUCGUCGCUUCCGUCGUCGUCCGGUGUCGUCAACGAACAGGGUCACAGGCACCCGAUGAACGUGUGCGCUGCCCAUAGCCGUGCCGUGUUGCCACUUGACAUCCGGACUCGUCGAUUAUGAAGAAACACAAACGCGAGCACUUGGAUUGCGGCUGACAAAAACUGCAGUUAGACAAUAUUACACACCCACACAGAAAGCCAAUAAUUGAAUUAAGUGCCGUCAUGUUUUUAAAAACGUUUCCAUACGGUUGAAUCGGUUUGGUUUUUGUUUUAUAAUUUAUUUUUUUGUAAAUAAUGUGUAGUCCGGGUCACUCCGCGAUGUGAUUGUAAAUAAUCAACAAGUGUUUAGAAAUCAAUUUUAUUAUGACCGGAGUGAUAAUAAUAUCGACGAAAAACGCAAGCUAACGGCCUCCUACUGGGUAACAAAGGUGCGCCCAUUAUGCCAGGGGGCCGACGAGGUCUGGUCGCCCCUCAAAACACGUUUCUGGAGAACAUCAUCAGAAGAUCGAGUUCACAACCUGACAGCAGUUUUCUUUUGGCAAACGCACAGAUUGUCGACUUUCCAAUUGUCUACUGUAACGAGUCUUUCUGUAAAAUAUCUGGAUACAACCGGGCGGAGGUUAUGCAAAAAUCAUGCCGCUGUUCAUUUAUGUAUGGUGAUCUAACGGAUAAAGAUACCAUUUGCAGAAUAGACGAGGUGCUGGAAAGUCAUUACCACGACCAAUUUGAAAUUUUGCUGUACAAAAAAAAUAAAACUCCAUUAUGGUUGCUGAUGCAGAUAGCUCCGAUAAAAAACGAGCGGGACCUCGUGGUGCUGUUUUUAUUAACAUUCAGAGAUAUUACAGCACUCAAACAACCAAUCGAAUCAGAGGACUCCAAAGGCGGAGAUCUGUUAGCAGGCCUCAGCAAGUUCGCAAAGCUGGCAAGGUCGGUCACCAGGAGCAAGACAUUGGUAUCACAGUUUUCUUCUCAUCCCGUCUCCAUCAAGGAUUCUACCAGACAUGUGCAAUCCCAUUUAGCACAUAUGAUGAGCUUGAACGCGGAUGUGAUGCCACAGUAUCGACAGGAGGCUCCCAAAACUCCUCCACACAUCCUUUUACAUUAUUGUGCGUUCAAAGCUAUCUGGGAUUGGGUGAUACUAUGCUUAACGUUUUAUACAGCUAUCAUGGUACCGUACAAUGUAGCGUUCAAAAAUAAAACUAGCGAGGACGUGUCCCUAUUAGUCUUAGAUUCUAUUGUCGAUGUCAUAUUUUUUAUAGACAUUGUACUUAACUUUCAUACCACGUUCGUCGGUCCUGGUGGAGAAGUAGUGUCUGAUCCAAAAGUGAUUAGAAUGAAUUACUUAAGGUCAUGGUUCGUAAUAGACUUGUUAUCAUGUCUUCCAUACGAUGUAUUCAAUGCAUUCGAUCAUGACGAAGAAGGCAUUGGAAGUCUUUUCAGUGCAUUGAAAGUGGUUCGAUUGCUACGGCUGGGUAGGGUAGUGAGAAAACUAGAUAGAUACUUAGAAUACGGUGCAGCAAUGUUAAUACUGCUCUUGUGUUUCUAUAUGUUAGUUGCACAUUGGCUUGCAUGCAUAUGGUAUUCUAUAGGUCGAUCUGACGCCGAAAAUGGUUAUCAAUACUCGUGGUUGUGGAAAUUGGCUAACAUUACCCAAUAUCCUUAUUCGUACCAAUUGACCGAUGAUGCUAACUCUACUGAACUUGUUCACGGACCUCCUAGAAAAACAAUGUACGUGACAGCGUUGUAUUUCACGAUGUCAUGCAUGACAAGUGUAGGGUUUGGUAACGUGGCAUCAGAAACUGAUAAUGAAAAAAUAUUCACUAUUUGUAUGAUGGUAAUUGCGUCACUAUUGUACGCUACAAUUUUUGGUCACGUUACUACGAUUAUACAGCAAAUGACAUCAGCAACCGCUAAGUACCACGAUAUGCUAAAUAAUGUCCGAGAGUUUAUGAAAUUACAUGAAGUACCGAAAGCAUUAUCCGAACGUGUCAUGGACUACGUGGUAUCUACUUGGGCGAUGACUCGAGGCUUGGACACAGAUAAAGUACUAAAUUAUUGCCCAAAAGACAUGAAAGCAGACAUCUGUGUUCAUUUAAACCGAAAAGUGUUCAAUGAGCAUCCGGCUUUUCGAUUAGCUAGCGAUGGUUGUUUACGUGCCCUCGCUAUGCAUUUCACUAUGAGUCACUCGGCACCUGGUGAUCUUCUCUUUCAUACCGGCGAGUCCAUUGAUUCACUUUGUUUUAUUGUGACUGGUUCACUGGAAGUCAUCCAAGACGACGAAGUUGUUGCAAUUUUAGGUAAAGGAGAUGUGUUUGGAGAUUCAUUUUGGAAAGACACUGCUCUGGGGCAAUCAGCAGCUAACGUACGCGCACUAACUUACUGUGAUUUACACACGAUAAAAAGAGACCGACUUUUAGAAGUUUUAGAUUUCUAUCAAGCAUUUGCUAACUCGUUUUCAAGAAAUUUAAUUCUCACUUAUAAUCUUAGGCACAGACUUAUAUUUCGAAAAGUUGCUGAUGUACGCCGAGAAAAAGAGUUGGCUGAAAAACGAAAGAAUGAACCUCAACUGGAUGAGCAACGAGAUCAACUAGUUCGAAAAAUUUUUACGAAAUUCCGUAAAGACAGAGCUCCCAGUCAAGUUAUUGGUUUACAACAGAGUGACGAAAAUAAAAGCGAGGGACAAUCAUCGGGAACUGUAGCAGAUCCUUCGGAUGGUGGUGGAACUGGCCGUCCAAAAGUGUUACCUUUAGUAUUAAGACAGCAGAGUGAAGAUCAACAGGCGUCAAGUUCCAGUGGACCUAGAGCUACCCCUCCAAAACCUGCACCAAAAAAAAUAUCUAAAUGGGGAAAAGUUUUAGGUGGUGGUAACGGAAGCACUGACUCAGCGGAUAAUUCAGUUGUCAGUUUACAGAGUGCUCCAGCCAAAAUUAGAGAUUCACCUAAUAGGCAGCAACCUGGAAACGGCCACAAAGUUUUUCCAAAACUUCAAAAAGUUCCUUCAGCCGCUGCUGAACCAUUUCCUAAUUUAGUUCAAUCACAAACUAGACAAGGGACCAUUGAAGAAUCAGACGAAAACUUGCGACCUCCAAGAACUGAAUCAGAGGUACAUGCAGCAUUACCAAUUAUGAUUUCGGUAGCUACGUCCACUGAUUACACUUAUCCAGUGGCAAUUUCACCUCCCCCUCCACCAUGCACAUCAGUUAUAUUACCUCCACCACCUCUUGAUCAAGAGGACUUGUCGGUUAAAAUGCACGACCUUAAGACAGAUGUUCAAUCCAUAAAUCUUAGGUUAAUUGCCAUUGAGGAUAUGAUGCAGAGAAUUUUUGGUAGAUUAGAUAAUUUAACCAACUUACCUUUACCGUUACCCACGCCUGAUGGAAGUGAUAUAAGAGGUUGCCGAACAAAAAGUACAGAUGACCUAAGUUUGCCAAUGACGCCUAAAUUACCGCCAAUGAUGCGGCGUCGACGAAGCAAAUCUCGAACAAGGUCUACCCCAUCAGUCUUGCCGCCAAUGAGGCCAUACAGCCCCAAAGACAAAUCACCGCCUCCACCUCCAAGAUCGGAAUCGCUCAAAAAAUCUUGUCCGCCUAGGUCAACUGACUUCUUGUAAUAUAUAAAUCAUUAAUAUUAAAUCAAAUGUACGAAAUGAGAUUAAUGUCUUGUAAUUAUGUUUUAGACUUGAUAAUAUUUACAUAUUUCAUAUUUUAUUAUACUAUUUUUUCUCGCUUAAUGGGUAAACAUGAUUAAGAGUAACUUGAGAUUAAAAUUUGAGAAAUUAUUAAAAUUAAUUUAGUAAAUUAAAUUCUUAAUUGGGUAAUUUGGUUUUUAUAUAUUAGAAGUGUUUAUAAGAAAUUAUAAAAUAACUAAUAAAAAGUAUUAUCAGUGAA